AGGUAUAAAGAUUAUUCAGAAGUUCGCUUGUCGCAGUGUUUUUGACAAACAACGAGUGUUCUUGAGAAAAGUAGCCGGCUAGUUCGCCUUUAUUCACAAACAAACGCAUGUGAACUAAAUUACGUCUUGUCUACACUUCGCUUUCAAGCUUUUGUCCAAAAGCAGCCCAGAGAAACAGCCGUCAUGGUCGCCACGAACAAAAUGAAGACGAAAAGCACAGAAGGUCCGGUUGAAAGGAGAUAUGAGCAGGUGUGCAUCGAUAAAGAGUUGGAUUUCUGGGAUCGCUGCUUGGCCGAACCCCAGAUGACCGCAGACGUAACGGAGGACAGGACGUGUCACCAGCUGGCCAAGAUGUUUGAGAACUGCCUGUCGCGGGCCAAGAGGACGACGCUGCACUGCUCCUCCGUGCUGGUACCGGAGAAGCUGACGCGGAGGGUCGCCCGGGAAGUCCUGCGGCUGGCGUCCUGCGAGCCCUGCGGCCUGCGCGGCUGCGUCCUCUACGUCCACCUGGAGCAGGAAAAGGGCUGGAAGCAGCUGGAGCGCAUCGCCUACGACUCCUCGGUGGUGCCCACGUUCGAGCUCACGCUGGUGUUCAAGCAGGACGGCACGGCGUGGCCCAGCUUGCGGGACUUCCUGUUUAUGGGCUCCUGCUUCGCGCCGGCGUUCAGACACGUACUGAAACUGAGUCCAGGCUAUCGACUGGUCAAGAAAAAGCUGUACUCAUCCUCGGCUGGUACCGUGAUAGAGGAGUGCUGAACUGUUGACGGAUCGUCGAGCUACCUGCG